AUGGGAUUCAUAAUCGCUUAUGUACAGAACAUUCGUUCGAGAAAAAAUAGCAAAACUAAACGUAAACGUCAAGAAAGAAAUCCAAAUGAUCAACAUGCCAAUCGAUCAUUGAGUCAACUAUCAAUAUCACAAGAAAAGCAGGCAAAAAAACAAAAAUUAAUCACGACUGUCAGAGAAACAACAAUUCUUAAUACUCAUGAGCAACCAACACAUCGACUACCCACAGAACUGUUACAUGAUAAUAUGGAUAAGAAACAAGAACGAGUCAUGGUUGAAGAAGAACAUACACGAGCACUACCAACAAUGUCGAUACAAAAAUUUAAACCUCAAUAUUUACAAGUCUCUAAUCGAGUAUUUAAAACGAUAUUAUCGAGUGCUAUUCCAGAUGCUAAUAAAAUUGUUCAUGGUUUGAAUACCAAUGAAAAACUUCAAAUGAUUCGUCAAAUGACAGAAAUAACGAAAGAUUUACAUUAUUUCCAAUUGCAACAGAAUUUAUGGCAAGCUUAUUAUAAUCUUGGAAUCAAAGAAAAUAUAUAG